AAUUAUGAAAGUUAAUAACAGUUUUGUUUCAAACUUGUUGGAACAAAACUGAAAUUAGCAUUUCAUAAUUUUUAUCGGAAGUGAUGACUUAAAAACCUGAUUGAUUUGAAAUUAAUUUGUUUCUAAAGUAAUCAAAAGUGAUUGACUUUUAAUUUAUUUGUAGUCUUGCCAUUGUCUCGAAGAAAAGGUCUUAAUGACUUUGAGCUGAAUUCAAACAUGUCAGCUAAAAGUAAACUCAUUUUGCUUAUCAUGCAAUGGCUGUGAACAAUUCGUUUUUACAAUUACUCACAAUAAUAAUUGCCUGAUAAUUGUGACAAUGAAAUUUGCAUAAUGUUUCUUUAUGAAUGCCUUCAUAUCACUUACUAUAAAAGCAUUAUGUUUCAUUUUGUUAAACACAUUCGUGACUCGUACAGUUAACAAAUCAUAACUAAAAUGUUCUUCAAACUAGCUUUCGUCGCCCUCUUGGCCAUUGCCGCCAUCAACGCCGCUCCCCAGCUGCCAGAGAUGCCGGAGAUGCCCUCGACCCCGGAAAUGCCCUCCACGCCGGAGAUGCCAGAAAUGCCCGCCACCCCCGAGAUGCCCGCCACGCCGGAGAUGCCCGCCGGAAGCGAGAUGCCCUCGAUGGAGAACGCCACCAUUCCGAACCUGCCAAACCGUAUCUCGAACCGAAUUUCGAACCGGGUGAACAGCCGCAACUGAGCGUUGCUUGAAGAGGAUGAUGCCGGAAAUUGGUGGAUGUUGGCCUUAAAGGAAACGUGUACGCGGGGAUUGUAAAUAAUAAAAGGAAGAGUUCGUUUCAAAA